ACCCAAAGUCCAUCUCUAGCAGUAUUUGACAAGUCGAGCCAAAAGAAAAAUAAAAAUGAGUGCAAUUUCCAAUGAAAACAUUAUUUGGACCAUAAAAAACGGGGAGUUCGACGCUGUACAAGCCGCUUUUCAGAACGAUGCACAAAAGGUGAAUGAGGAAAUUAAGGGCCGAUUCCCAGUACACUAUGCGGCAGAUUUUGGUCAGCUUAACGUUCUUCAGUUUCUGAUUAAUAUAGGAGCCGACGUUGAUAGAAAAGACAAGCAUGGUAUUACCCCUAUUCUUGCUGCCAUUUGGGAAGGACAUACGAGCUGUGUGGAAUUUCUUCUAAAAAAGGGAGCGAAUAAAAAUGGUUCCACUCCAGAUGGCCAAAGCUACCUUGAGGCAGCGGAAAAAGACGAAAUUAAAAAACUACUUGCAUAAAUUUUAUAUGUAAUUUUAGGAUACAAACCUUAUGUUUCAGUAUCAGACACACUUUUAAAUACAGUCAUGUAUAGCUUUUAAAAAA